GCCGCCAGAGUGUUCCAGCUCGCGAUCACUCGCCGAAACGGCGCUUUGCGUGACCAGACUGUGCCGCUCUCAGUCUCUCUCUUCCCGACCCACGCGACGCACGCACGCACACAUACACGCGCUCAGAGCACAAUACACCUCGGCCUCGCGGUGAGCAGACGAGUCUGUGCGUGCCGGACAAGCCAAUCCCGGCUCGUCCGAGCCCCAAAUGGCGCCAGAGUCCCUCUCGACGUGUCACCAACCGGUCACUUGGCACGCAUUAACCUCUCCUCCUUUGUCCGUCUCCACAGCGGGCCUUGGCUGUCCUUGUGGCCAUGGCAACUGCAAGAGACGCCAAGGCGUCGGCCCCACCCGCGCAUGUGGGUGAAGUGUGCCACGGGCGCGUCGACGUGA